AUGAUGCAAAAAACAUAAGAAAAAAUAGUAGAUGAUUAUAAUACAUGCACAUAUUAAUUUUAUGAGAGCAAAGGUUUAUCUUAAUAAUUUUGUUUAGCAAAGGAUUUUGAAAAAUAAGAAAAGUGGUAAGAAGCUGUUUAAUGUUGGGAUGAAGGUAUUGCUAAAUUAAAAAGAGCUCCUUUUUUCCAAGCAAAAAAAGGUACACUUUGAAUAAUCUAAUAUGGUUAGCAAAAGCAUUAUAAAAUUUAGGCAGAUGGAAAGAAGCUACUGAAUGUUGGAAUUAAGAAAUCAAUAAAAACAAGAAUAAUAGAGUUUUAUAUGUUUGGAAAGGUAAAAUUAAAGUAACCAAAUAGCAUAGGCUUUAGUUUGUCAAAAUAUGAUGUAGGAGGCUAUUGAUUGUUGGAAUCAAGGAAUAUUAAAUAAUCCUAAUGACAGAGGAUAUUAUGAAGAAAAAGGUAAAGUAAUUCUAUAUCCUAAUUGAGCUAUGGCACUAUUAAACCAAAGAAGGAAUUUAGAAGUCAUUAAGUGUUCAGAUGAAGUGAAUGUGAUAUUUCAAGAAAGUUAAGCAACAAAUUUUAUAAAAAGUAUUUUUUUUAUUAUCAUUAGUUUAUGCCUUAGAUAAUCUGAAACUAUUAAAAAAAGCUAUUAUAGCAAGAAGACUUGCAAAACAGGAUACUACUUUUCAAAAAAGUCAACUUUGA